AUGAUGGUUAAAGAGUGGACUCUACUCGAAGGAAUACGUGAUUCGGAAUUUAAGUUUGAGGUAGGUUACCUCUCAAGUCUAUUGGCUACUUUGAGGAUCGAGCCGGAGAUUCAGGCGAGGAUUAAGGCAUUGCAAUCUACGGACCUUGACAUUCAAAAGAUUCUGAGUAUGGAUGCAACUAAGAGGAAAACCGACUUUCAAGUCUCCGAGGACGGAAUCUUAAAGUUUCGUGGACGAUUGUGCGUGCCAAAUGAUGCGAAACUUAAGGAGGAAAUUUUGAAUGAAAGUGGAUAUAGCCAAGCACGUGGUAAAGUGCCUAAUGUGUCAACAAGUGAAGGCGUAGCAUUGCAAGCUCGGUGGACUGUUGCACCAUUGGAAAUUCCAGAAUGGAAAUGGGAGCAUAUCACCAUGGACUUUGUCAUGGGUUUGCCGAGGAGUCAGAGAGGCCACGAUUCAAUUUGGGUUAUCGUCGAUAGAUUAACUAAGUUAGCACAUUUUCUGGCAGUGCGAAAGGACUUCGAAAUGGAUAUGUACGCCGAGCUGUAUAUGCGACAAAUAGUCCAUCUUCACGGAGUGCCAGUAACGAUUAUGUCGGACAGAGACCCUAAGUUUACCGCCACCUUUUGGAAAAGUCUUCAAAUGGCUAUGGGGACGAAGCUGUAA